GACAAAGUGCAAACGACUGGCUUCAGAAUGAAGGCUCUUUUCUUCUCCGUUUUCUUACAUCAUCUUGGAGCUUCAGGUGCUGUGUACAAACGGUGGAUUCCAAACACCAACUUUGAAAACACUUCCAACUGGGACCGAGGCCACGUUCCAUGUGCCACGGAUGUCAUCCUUUUUGGAAAUAAUGAGGAUGUAUCCGUCUUUGUCCAAUCAUCCCAUUUUCUGACAGAAAUGUACAUGCCACUGAAUGGAGAACUCAUUAUGGGCCCCGGCGCUGGGUUUGCAGCUUUUGAUGGCAGUUACAAUCCAGGAUGUGAGACAGCAUCAAAAAUCUACUUCACUGGAGCAGAGAAUUUCCAGUGGUACGACCCCACAUUGUGGCAGGCUGCGACCUCCAUGGAAGACCUUGAUCAGGGCAAAUACAUCUUCUCCAUGGAUGAAGAACGUGUCCCAUGCCAGUACGAUGACGUCAUCUUUCAGCCUCAGGCCUCCUUCCGAGUGAACAUCACAUCUUCUGAAAAGAUGAUACAUCUUAGGAGUAUUUCAAUAAUGGGGCAGAAAUUCACCAGUGACGAUGCUUUGGUAGAAUAUAUGCAGAGUUCCACUGCAAAGCUACAGUUUCACGGGGAAGGGACAUUCCAGCUAACAAAUACCAGGUGUCCAGAAAAAUCAGGAUGUGAAUGCGGAAAUGCGGCUGACCAUGACAGAAUCUGUGGUGCUUUGCUCCAGAAGUAUGGGAAUCAAUGUCCAGUAGCUACAUGCAAGGACCCACUGAAGCCAGUCGGUCACUGUUGUGACAUAUGUGGAGCCAUCAUUUCCUUGGAAUACUCUGCUGGAUUUGACAUAGAACUGUAUCGGAACAGAAUACUUCACACUUUCCUCAGUCUGCCCAAGAAUGCAGGUGUUCAGAUGGCCAUCUCAAAGGUGCACAAGCCGAAGACUUUCCUAGGGAUUAUACCACGCAGUUCAGUCCCAUUCAUUCAGAUUGUGCUAAUGGACAACGGGACGGGGUCGCAGACUGGGACUCAUGCUGAACAAGUGGCAAAAGACAUAAUGAGUGAUAUUGCAGAACACGGCGAAUCCUUCAGCAUCGUGGCAGACAGCUUACAGUCAGCCACAGGCAGCCACUGGAGUGGUCAGGGAGCAGGGAGCUCUCCUGGGGCUAUAAUCGUUGGGGUAGUUGUUGGUCUCCUGGUUAUACUGCUGCUGCUGGGAAUUGUCCUGAUACUUUACAGGAAAGGGCCCUUAAGAUUUCUCCCUUCUGUGCCUUUUUCCUCCUUGUGGAAUCAAAAGGAGGAGCUGGAUCUUGCUGGAGAAACUGACAACAAAGGUUUCGAUAACCCCAUCUUUGACGCACCAUUCAGCCCAGCCGUUUUAGCUGCUGUUCGUUCAGUGGAUGAGACACAGGAGGAGAUGGCAAGCAAAAAUAACGAGCUUUAUUUCAUUAAUCCUUUGUAUGAUGAAACAGAACUUAAUGUUUAAAAUGCAAGGUUGUCAAAGGAGGACUGUCUUUCCAUUCAGUCUGAAUCUUGCUCAAAUACCCUUUGCUUGUAGUUUCAUCUCAAUAGGUGAAGUUAUCAAGAAGAUGAUUAAACUGCGUCCAGGCA